UGUCCUUUCUGCGCUCUCUUCCACUGCUCUGCAGUUGAACACACUCAUGGUCGAUGCCAAGGGAAGGAACAUGAAAUGUCUGACUUUCUUCUUAAUGCUGCCUGAGUCAGUAAAGAGCAAGUCAAGCAAAAGCUCCAAGAAGGGCAAUGCCAGUGGUAGUCCCAAACUGCCCCCCGUCUGCUAUGAGAUUAUAACUCUGAGAAACAAAAAGAAGAAGAAGAUGGCAGCGGACAUAUUUCCCACCAAAAAGCCGGCACCUGCCACCACUGUACAACAGUACCAGCAGCAGAACCUCAACAACAACAACACCAUACAUAACUGUAACUGGCAAGGACUCUACUCCACAAUCAGAGAAAGAAAUUCUGUAAUGUACAACAAUGAACUGAUGGCAGAUGUUCACUUUGUGGUGGGUCAGCCUGGGAGGACCAAGCGGUUGCCAGGACACAGAUAUGUCUUAGCUGUGGGCAGCUCUGUGUUUCACGCCAUGUUUUACGGUGAACUCGCUGAAAACGACGAUGAGAUUCAUAUUCCGGAUGUGGAACCAGCUGCCUUUUUGGCAAUGUUGAAGUACAUCUACUGUGAUGAGAUUGACCUGAGCGCUGACACAGUUUUAGCGACUCUUUACGCUGCCAAAAAGUACAUUGUUCCCCACCUGGCACGUGCCUGCGUGAACUUCCUGGAGACCAGCCUGAGCGCUAAGAAUGCCUGCGUGCUGCUGUCCCAGAGUUGCCUGUUCGAAGAGCCCGAGCUGACUCAGCGCUGCUGGGAAGUCAUCGACGCCCAGGCCGAGCUGGCGCUACGUUCUGAAGGUUUCUGCGACAUCGACUCCCAGACCCUGGAGAGCAUCCUCCAGCGAGAGACACUCAAUGCUAAAGAGAUUGUUGUCUUUGAGGCGGCGCUCAGCUGGGCUGAAGCGGAGUGUCAGAGACAAGAGCUCACCUUGUCUACUGACAACAAGCGGAAGGUUUUGGGCAAGGCCAUGUACCUGAUACGCAUUCCCACUAUGGCUCUGGAUGACUUUGCUAAUGGAGCGGCCCAGUCAGGCGUGCUGACACUUAAUGAGACCAACGACAUCUUCCUUUGGUACACUGCUGCCAAGAAGCCUGAACUUCAAUUUGUCAGCCAGCCAAGGGAGGGGCUGACACCCCAGCGCUGCCAUAGGUUCCAGUCCUGUGCCUACCGAAGCAAUCAGUGGCGUUAUCGAGGCCGCUGUGACAGCAUACAGUUUGCUGUGGACAAACGAGUUUUCAUUGCGGGUUUCGGACUCUACGGCUCCAGCUGUGGAUCAACAGAGUACAGCGCCAAGAUAGAGCUCAAACGUCAGGGAGUCCUGAUGGGACAAAACCUUAGCAAAUACUUCUCAGACGGCUCCAGCAACACUUUCCCGGUGUGGUUUGAGUAUCCUGUGCAGAUUGAGCCCGAUACCUUCUACACCGCGAGUGUGGUUCUGGAUGGGAAUGAACUGAGCUACUUUGGACAGGAAGGCAUGACAGAGGUGCAGUGUGGGAAGGUGACAUUUCAGUUCCAGUGCUCUUCAGACAGCACUAAUGGCACAGGUGUGCAAGGAGGUCAGAUUCCUGAGCUUAUUUUCUACGCCUGA